GUAGUUAAGAAACAAGAAUGUGAGGAGAGAUGGAAACGAGUGUGUGCACGGCGAAGUGGAAGAAGCUGCCCUGAAGUUAAAGUGAAAGCCGCAGCACGAAGAUGAACCUGACUCAAGUCUCCGCGGGGAACGUCUCCGGUAACGGCAGCGUGGGAUUCCCGAACGAACUCUCCCCCCUAAACAAAGCCAUCAACGUCCUCUCCAUCGUCAUACUCUUCGUCACCAUGAUUUCCCUCGGCUGUACCAUGGAGAUUUACAAAAUCAAGGCCCAUCUCCUCAAGCCCAAAGGAGUGGGCAUCGCGCUGCUGGCUCAGUUCGGCGUCAUGCCCCUGACCGCGUUCGCUCUGGCCAAAGCGCUGCGGAUGGACCCCGUCAAGGCCGUGGCCGUGCUCAUCUGCGGCUGCUGCCCGGGGGGAAACCUCUCAAACAUCUUCUCCCUGGCCUUGAAGGGCGACAUGAACCUCAGCAUCGUGAUGACCACUUGCUCCAGCAUCGCCGCGCUGGUCCUGAUGCCCCUGCUGCUCUUCGUCUACUCCCAAGGCUUCAGCGGCCUGGAAAGCGCCGUGCCGUACGUGCGCAUCGUCUACGCUCUGGUGCUCACCCUGGCGUCCUGUUCCGUCGGCAUCGCCAUCAACCACUACAGACCCCGGUACGCGCCGGUGGUCAUGAAAGUCGGCCUCACUGUGCUGAUAAUCUCCAGCAUCGCCGCGUUCGUCCUGUCUGGUAUCCUCGCCAAAGACUUUAUGUGGAUGGUCCUCACUCCAGAUGUUCUGGCCGUGGGUGCACUGAUGCCGCUGAUCGGCUUCACGCUGGGAUACGUCAUGUCCGUCAUGUGCAGGCUCAGCCAACAAUACUGCAGGACCGUCUCCAUGGAAACAGGGUGCCAGAACAUCCAGCUGUGCGUCGCCAUCCUAAAAGUGACCUUUGCCCCCGAUGUCAUCGGCCCCAUGUUCCUCUUCCCCCUGAUCUACAUUACAUUCCAGUGUAUGGAGGCGCUCCUCCUGACCCUGUGCUUCAGAUGUUACCGGGCCUUCAAGCCGCCGGCCGAGGAGGCCGUUGGCGUCAGAUCGGAGGAGUUGAUGCAGGCGUGACCGUUUGACAGCGGACGACCCCGGCGCCGCAGAGGGAAACCAGGAAGAGACGCCGAGAUCUCCACAUCGUCUGCGUGGUCUUCUCCUAGGCCUGUGAUACUGGCAUAAAGACUGUUUUCUGUUCUUGAUCAAUUUUAUGCAAUGAUAAUGGCAGGUGGCGCCUGCUAGCCAACGACUCAGAAUAAUGACAUUUUGUAUUUAUAUUUAUUAAGAUCUGCAGCUAAUUGGAACGACUGGCACCGUGAGUGUGAAUAACUUUUGAGACUUUGAACUCAAUGAGACCAAAGGGAUGUGAAAAGGGAAUAUUCAAUUCGGACACCUUAAAUAAUGUUUAUUCAAAACGAGCGUAUGUUAUAUACAGACUUACAUGUAACUUAAAUAAUUUUACAUAUAUUAAAAAGAAACAUCUUCACAAAAACAAGAAACAUGAAUCAAAUCCUGGGUUAAAAGCAAAUUCAACGGGGAGGCAAACAAAGUGAACACUGACUUAAUCGGACACCUUCUCAUUUUUGUGUAACUAUAUUUACAGUCACAUGACGGGUCUGCAGUAGAACCACAAGUGAAAAGAUAUAUACUUGUUUUUUAAUGUUUCCAAGAGUUGUGGAAGCAUCAAAUAAAACCACAGCUGAUCAACAGCUCUCUGGUCACGAGUUAAUAAAUAAACAUCUUAGUUCCCCGUUUUGAACUUAAAACAUUACGAUUAUUUUACAUUAUUUUCUACAAUGUGUAGCAGUCUGAAUAAAUUAAAUAAUAUUUUCUGGUGUACAAGUGAUGUGUCUGACAAAGCCACACAUUAAAUCACUAAGCAGUGCAGGUUUUUUAACCAGCAUUCAUUUUUAAAACUCUUCAUCUUACACAUUAUAGAGACCCGUGCAUAGAAGUGGGAAGCUAAGGCCAUUGAGGACCAGACAAUACAUGUGAACACUUGAACAAGGUCAAAUGUAGCCUCUUAAAAUGUUUGCCCUCGAUCCGAUGAAAAACACAGCAAAAGGGAAAAGCAGCCUCGAACUGUACAAUAGCAUCUGCAACAAUGUGAGUAAUGAUUAACAAUUGAAACAAUUAUCUGGAAAAAAAA